UCGAUAGAGAGAGAAAGAGAAGAAGAGAGAGAAACAGAGAGAGAGAGAGAGAGAGAGAGAGGGAGCGGGGCCAAAGCUCCGAUAAUGGAGAAGAAGCGCAAGAAGAAGGGCCGCCCCUCCCUCAUCGAUCUCCAAAAGCGCAGCCUUCGGCUCCAACAACUGCAGCAACCUAAGCGAAACCCUAACCCUAGCCCCAAUCCCCAGCAGCCAUCGCACCGCCGGAUCACACGGCAGAACCCUAACCCGGAGCCGGAGGACACCGGAGGUGAUGAGGAAGAGGAAGAGGAGGAGGAGGAUGGGGAUUCUGGCGGGAAGCGGAGAGAGAAGAAGCUCAAGCUGGUGCUCAAGCUACCAAAGAAUGCCUCCGAUUCUGGUUGCUCCGGAUCCGACGGUGAGGAUGAGCCCGCCCGCCGGAAGCGCCGGAUCGAGGGCAGUUGGCGAUGGGAGCGCGAAUGCUAAGAUUAGCGGAGAGAAAGGGACGGAUCGGAUUGGAGCAGGGGAGCCACCACAUUCGGGGCCCACGACGCCUUUGCCUGAUAAAAAGUUGCUCUUGUUCAUCCUUGAUAGACUCCAGAAGAAGGAUACUUAUGGUGUUUACUCGGAGCCUGUGGAUCCUGAAGAGCUCCCUGACUAUCAUGAAGUCAUUGCACACCCAAUGGAUUUCGGUACUGUGCGGAAAAAAUUGACUAAUGGAGUUUAUGUUAACUUGGAACAGUUUGAGAAAGAUGUUUUCUUGAUAAGCUCCAAUUCUAUGAAGUACAAUGCACCGAGCACAAUAUACCAUCGGCAGGCACGGGCCAUUCAAGAGCUUGCAAAGAAGAGCUUUGAAAAUUUAAGACAAGAAAGUGAUGAUAAUGAGCCAGAGCAGAAGACUGUAAGGAGAGGUAGACCACCAACCAAGAAUGUUUUCAAAAGGAUGAUCAGUAGGCCUCCUGAGAAUGCUGGUUCUGAUCCCUCCACUGUUGCGACGCUUGCUAAUGCUGGUGAUAAUGGUCACUGGUCGAGCUCAGUGCAAGGUUUGUCAAGAAAGGCACCAAUGUUAGAUAAGCCCAACCCAGCAGAUGUAUAUGCAAGAGAGCUUCAUGGUUUUCGCAAGGCUGAAACUUCUACUUUGAUUGGGGAACAUAAGCCAGAAAGAGAUGAAGAACAGACAGGCUCAAUGCUGAAAGGAGUUUCAGGGAGGUAUGGAAAGAAGCCUAUUGUUAUAGAUGAGAACCGUCGGAAUACAUAUAAACAAUCUCAAUGGUCCACAUUUGCAUAUGAUCUACCACUAUUGACGGAUGGGGAGAAGAAGCAGCUUAUUCCUAUUGGGUUUCACAUGGAGCAUACAUAUCCUAGAAGCUUGGCCCGAUUUGCCGCUAAACUCGGCCCCAUUGCUUGGGCCAUUGCUUCUCGAAAAAUCGAAAGGGUCCUACCGCCUGGUUCAAAGUUCGGUCGGGGAUGGGUUGGUGAUGGCGAGUCACCUCAACAAUCUAAACUCAUUUCUUGUUCUACAUCAGCAGGAGGAACUAAACCUUUAGAAGAACAGGAACCACCUUCUAGUGAUUCAGACAUUGAAGAAGGCCAUUCCAAGAGCAGUCUGACUCCUGCACCCACAGCAAGUGAGAGCAGAGUUGACACACAGGAUAUCUGCAGAGACAAAACUCCUUCCACAUGGCCACGACCAAACUUAACAAUGCAACCAGGUGUCAAUGGUGUUGUAAGCACCCCAUCCAGUUUCAAUCUUUCGAAAGCGGUGAGCAUCAACUCAGAGUUGCCAAUGACACAUGCUCGAGCACUGGACAUGGUUUCUAGAGGCAACAACAACAUCCAAUUCCGACAUCAAACAGCAAACACCCAUUCUGAUGCUGUGAAGACAACAUCAGUCAGUAAUCAAGGUAUGGUGAAGUCCAAGCAGGACUCCAAGCGAAGUUCAUCUUUCCCACCCGAUCUAAACGCAGGUUCACAACGUGCAGGAUCUCCACCUUCAGGUGUGAUUGUCGAGUCACAUCAACCUGAUCUAGCAUUGCAGCUAUGAGAGCCGUAAAAAUUUAUUCGGUCAUUUAAUUUAGUGAUGAAUCAGGGUAGCAGAGCAAGUGCAAGACCUUGUUUGUCGCAAGUUGUUGAAAUUGCACAGCCAUUGAACAAUGCAUGCUUGAUUGAAUGCAGGAUGCAAUGGUCUCUCUCACAUAACUUAGUUUGCAUAUGUAUAUGUACAGAUUAAUUAAUGUACUCAAGAACUCAAAAAUGUUUAUGUGAAGCAGCAGCUAAUCCUCAUUUGUAAUACUAAAAUCCUUGUGCCAUUUGAGGCAAGUUAUUCCUGUGUUCUAGUUUAAACUUCCAGCC